GGGACAGAGGGAUCACAGUCAGAUCCUGCAGCGAGCUGAGCACUUGCCUUGGGCUCUGUCGGCUCCGCACCCACACCAUGAGCUGCACUGUCAGGCAGGUUGUCACCACCUGCUCCCAGGGCAGGGGCAGCGCUGGCAGCAACGCGGCYGGCACCGGCAGGAGGGUCUCCUCUGCCUCCUCGGGGAGACACGCUGCCUAUGACUUGGGUGGGGUGGUUGGCAGCUUCUCCGGUGGCAGCGUAAGCGAGGGAUUACUCGGGAAGCAGCUGAACGCCGGCAGCGCGGCCGGUGGGAGCUUCGGAGCCACCCAGAGGGCUUGUUCUGUCCUGGGAUUCAGCGGUGGAGGCAUCUGCACUCGGGCUGGUGGUGGCUUCUCCAGGGCCGGUGCUGGCUGCGGGGAUGGGAUCCUGUUUGCUAACAACGAGAAGGCGACCAUGCAGAACCUCAACGACCGCUUGGCCUCAUACCUGGACAAGGUGCGGCUCCUGGAGGGGGACAAUGCCGACCUGGAGUGCAAGAUCAGGGAGUGGUACGCCAAGGUAGGGCCCAGCUGCGAGCCACGGGACUACAGCUGCUACCACAAGGAAAUUGAAGACCUUCAGAACCAGAUCCUUUGUGCAGCCAUGGAGACUAACAAAAUCCUUCUGAAYAUUGAUAACAACAGGAUGACUGCUGAUGACUUCAGGGUGAAGUACGAGACCGAGUGUGGUCUUCGGCAGAACGUGGACGCCGACAUUUGCAACCUCCGGCCYGUCCUGGACCAGCUGGCCAGCUGCAAAACCGACCUGCAGCUKCAGUGUGAGGCUCUGACGGAGGAGAUGUGCUGCCUCAAGACCAACCACGAGGAGGAAAUGAGCUGUCUGAGGAAACAGGCCACUGGGGAUGUGAGCGUGGAGGUCAAUGCCUGCCCUGGCCCUGAUCUCAGGAAGAUCCUGGAGGAUCUGCGGUGCCAGUACGAGACRCUGAUGGAGCGCAACCGCAAAGAGACGGAGCAGUGGUACGCCUGCAAGGUGGAGGAGGUGAAUCUGGAGGUGGUCACAAGCAGCCAGGAGAUCGAGUCAAGCAACAAGCAGGUCACGGAGCUGAGACGUCAGCUGCAGGCCCUGGAAAUCAACGUGCAAGCCCAGCUCACCAUGAAAGAAAACCUGGAAUCCUCGCUGGCGGAGACCGAAUGUCGCUACAACAAAUACCUGGCUGAGCUGCAGAACCAGAUCUCCUGCGUGGAGCAGCGGCUGGCUGAGAUCCGAGCGGAAAUGGAGUGCCAGAACCAGGAAUACAAGACCCUCCUGGACGUCAAGUGUCGCUUGGAGCAGGAGAUCCAGACCUACCACUGCCUGCUGGAGGGMGGCCAGCACGACAUCAUAGGGUCGGCAGGAAGAGGAGUCGGUGCCACAUCAGCCGGGAGGAGCGGGGGGCUGAAAGGCAGCCUGUGCCAGCCCUGCCUGCCCUGAGCCUGCUGUCAGGUCACUGCAGWCCAGAGUCCCUGCCAGCCCCUGAGGAGCUCUCUGAAGAAUAAGUCAUUUUGAAAAACAAGGCAAGAAUAACCUGGGAGUUCUUAGCUGUGCUCCAGCAGCAGCCAGAGGGACUGUGCAGGAUGGUACCUCCUGCACCACCCUCCAUCCCUCACUCAGGCUCCCCUGGGUUGUGGCAGUUCUCUAACAGCGACCAAUACUUGUCUCCAAUAAAACUUUGCUCCUGUGA